GGGAAAAAAAAAACAAAAAAUACUGAAGGGGCGGGGCCAAGAUGCCGGCUGGGAUUUCUUGAGCGCGGCGGAAGGGAAAGAAGACGGAGGGAGAGACUUCAGGGCAGAGUAAAAUGUAUCCCUUCCUCAGAAGAUUUGAGGAUCAGUGGCAUGUUGGAGAUUUAAACACUACAUGAUGCCUGUCAACUUGUUGAAUUUAAUGAGUUGAAGAAACUUGGAGCAUUGCUUUGAUCAAUAUUUGUUAGUGAAGCACUUUAAAGGCGAUGUCAACAACUCUUUCAGUGCUGCAGGAGGAGCUGGGGUCUAUUGACGAUGAACUUCAGGCAUUGGAAAUCCAGAUUCAAGAACUUCUUGAACAUCAACAACAACUCAUUCAAAAGAAGACCAUUUUGAAGAAGAAAAUAAGACAGUUUUCAGACACCAAAAGUGGGAGCAGCAAAGAGACUGAAUCAGCAACUGAGGACUGGAACAAAGAAGACUUUCCGUGGUCUGCGAAGAUCAGGGAUGUGUUACAAAAGAGCUUUGGCCUCCAGAAAUUUAGGCCUUUGCAGCUGGAGGCAAUUAAUGCAACAAUGGCUGGCAGAGAUGUAUUCCUCGUCAUGCCUACCGGAGGGGGAAAGAGCCUGUGUUAUCAAUUGCCAGCGGAAGGUUCUCAGGGCUUCACCCUUGUGAUCUGUCCUCUCAUCUCCCUCAUGGAGGAUCAGCUAAUGAUGCUGGAACAGCUGGGUGUAUCAGCAACUUUACUGAAUGCUUCCAGCAGCAAGGAACAUGUGAAGUGGGUUCAUGCCGAAAUGCUGUCUCGCAACUCGCAACUGAAGCUUCUUUAUGUGACUCCGGAGAAGAUAGCGAAAAGCAAGAUGUUUAUGUCAAAGCUAGAAAAGGCUUACCAAACAGGACAGCUGACCCGGAUUGCCGUCGAUGAAGUCCACUGCUGUAGCCAGUGGGGGCAUGACUUCAGACCUGAUUACAAGUUGCUUGGGAUCUUAAAACGGCAGUUUCCCAAUGCUCCAUUGAUUGGAUUGACCGCCACUGCGACGGGACAUGUGCUGCAUGAUGCGCAGAACAUCCUCUGUGUGUCAAAAUGCAUCACCUUCACAGCUUCCUUCAACCGACCCAAUCUCUAUUAUGAGGUUCGUCAGAAGCCAUCAUCUGCUCAGAAUUGCAUUGAGGAUAUUGUGAAGCUCAUCAAUGGAAGAUACAAAGGCCUUUCAGGAAUUAUCUACUGCUUUUCCCAGAAAGAUGCUGAGCAAGUUACCAUGAGUUUACAAAAACUGGGGAUUAAAGCAGGUACUUACCACGCAAAUAUGGAGCCCAAAGAUAAGAGCAGAGUUCACAAGCGAUGGUGUGCCAACGAAAUCCAGGUUGUAGUGGCCACUGUUGCUUUUGGCAUGGGGAUUGACAAGCCAGACGUGAGGUUCGUCAUACAUCAUUCCAUGAGUAAAUCCAUGGAAAAUUACUACCAAGAGAGCGGGCGCGCAGGUCGGGAUGACCAGAGAGCUGAUUGCAUCUUAUAUUACGGCUUUGGUGACAUAUUCAGAAUCAGCACAAUGGUAGUGAUGGAAAAUGUGGGGCAACAGAAACUGUAUGGGAUGGUUUCCUACUGUCACGAUGUGGGAAGAUGCCGCCGAGUCCAGAUCGCUCAUCACUUUGACGAGGCCUGGGAUUCUGCCAGUUGUAAUAAAAUGUGUGAUAACUGCUGCCAAGAAGAGACAUUGGAGAAGAUGGAUGUGACGGAGCAUUGCAGGGAACUCAUCAAGAUUUUGAAGCAAGUGGACCAAAUGAAGCAGAAAUUCACUCCUCUGAAGUUGAUCGAUGCUUGGCUGGGGAAGGGUCUGUCAAAACUGGGAUUGGAGAUUGCUGCUCCCAAACUUCCCCGUGAGGUAUUGGAGAGAAUCGUUGCCCAUUUGAUUCUGCAGCAGUAUCUGAAGGAAGACUUCAGUUUCACAGCCUUUGCCACAAUAUCCUAUGUGAAGAUAGGACCCAGAGCUAAUCUUUUGAAAGAUAAGGCUCAUGUUAUCACUAUGCAGGGCAAAAAUAAAGCUGCUAAGGGGAAAUGUUCUCAAUUAUCCAGUCCAAGGACCCCAGGAAAGAAAAUGAAGUUUACAUCCCCAAACCAGGAAGGUGGCUCUCCUUCAAAAGAUCACGUCAAAGCAAAAAAAGUCAAACGUACGGCUAAUAAAGAGGAAGAUGAGCUUGUGAUCAUAGAUUAAGAAAGUGGCUUCUUGGGACAACCUACACACACCUUUGCCUGUGGGAAGACAGGCCAGAGAGUCAGAAAAAACAGGCUGUGUAUUGGUGACUGCUAUCAUCUGCUGCUCCCUGGCUACUAA